CAGGCGCAGCGGCUCCCUCUCUCUCCGUGGACCCUCCCACCAGCAGAAGAGUGACACGCCAUUCAACAGCAGUCUGGCCCUGUGUUGAGAGCUCACACCAUCUAGUAGGUGAAGAAAGAAAGAAAAAGAAAAAAACAACAACAACACAGAAAACCGCACAGCGAAACUUCUCCGAAUCGCGUCGACAUGGGGAUCCGAAAAAAGACCAACAAGAACCCGCCGGUGCUGAGCCACGAGUUUGUGAUCCAGAACCAUGCAGAUAUUGUUUCCUGUGUUGCUAUGGUUUUCCUGCUCGGGCUGAUGUUUGAGGUCACCUCAAAGUUUGCAGUAUUAUUCAUUACUGUCCAGUACAAUGUGACCAUAUCAACAAAUGAGGGCCCCGAGGAGACGGCAGUGAACCACUUCCACCACGGCAUCAAGGACCUGGCUACCGUUUUCUUCUACAUGCUGGUGGCCAUCAUCAUGCACGCCAUCAUCCAGGAGUAUGUGCUGGAUAAAAUCAACCGGAAAAAGCACUUCUCCAAAACCAAGCACAGCAAGUUCAAUGAGUCCGGCCAGCUCAGCGCCUUCUACUUGUUCUCCUUCGCUUGGGGCGCAAACAUCCUUCUAUCUGAAAACUUCCUGUCCAAUCCCGUCGCCCUGUGGGAGGGUUAUCCUCAUACGCUGAUGCCAUUCCAGAUGAAGUUCUUCUACAUUUGCCAGCUGGGGUACUGGUUACACGCUCUUCCAGAACUGUAUUUCCAAAAGGCAAAGAAAGAGGAUAUUCCACGCCAACUUGUGUACAUCUUCCUGUACCUGGUCCACAUUGCUGGCGCCUACAUUCUUAAUUUGAACCGGCUGGGUUUGGUCCUGCUGGUGUUGCACUAUUUCGUCGAACUCCUGUUCCAUGUUUCCCGUCUGAUCUACUUCAGCAACGAGAACAGACAAAUGGGUUUCACCAUCUGGGCUGUCUUGUAUGUGAUUGGACGACUGCUCACCCUAUCCCUGUCUGUCCUCACCGUGGGCUUUGGUCUCUCCACCGCUGAAAACCAAGCCUUCGAUUUGGCUGCAGGGAACUUCAACAUUUUCUUUGUUCGGAUGACCGUCCUGUCGGCCAUCUGCUUUACGCAGGCCUUCAUGAUGUGGAAGUUUAUCAACUUCCAGCUGCGCCGAUGGAGAGAGCAUGCUGACGCCCAGACAUUAAAAAAGAAACAGGCUCCUGCUAAGAAUAAGUCGAAGAAAGACAAAGCCAACGGAGUAAACGGUGUAAGCUCGCACGGAGCUGAUUCACCGAGGUCAAGAAAAGAGAAAUCCUCUUAAGGCAUAAAGAGGAGAAGAAAAAAACAUUCCUAUCAGCCUUCCUCCUCCCCUGUAUCUCGAACCGUCUCUGCCAGGGUCUUCUCGACUGCGUCCAGCCAGCCGAUUUAAUGGUUGCUUGACCUUCCACGCCCCCCCACCCCCAACAUGCGUUUUCACCUUCCCACACAGGACCGACCUCCCAGCUGGAACUCCCAGGGCCGCUCAGAUUUGCUUUCAUUGCCAGUCGCCCAGCACAGCUUCAACUUCAACUCCAAAUCUUCCUUCCGUGGUAUUAAUGAAAAACCAACAAAUAAACUAAGAGAGAAAGACCUUAUUUAAGAAGUGCCUACAGUUGUGGAUUGUUUUGUUUUUUUUCUUGUUUUUUUUGUUUUAUUUUGUACAGAGUGUAAUUUUACCAAGUCAGGAAUGAUCACUUCAAUGUUUCUUUUCCUCACUUUAGGUCAUUUAAUGCUUUAUUGAAAUAAUGUGUAUUCCUUUUUAUUUCACCUCCCUGUUUUGUAUUUAUACACCAGUUAACUCAUCCUGAUGCUUUCCUUCUCUUGGAUGAAUUCCCUUUUAAUUCCUAAUGCUUUUCCAAGAUUGAAGGUUGCAUAAAGUCUUGCUAACCUUGGGCCAGAUCCCAGAGUUUUUUUUUUAUUUUAUUUUUUUAUACCACAUCAGACAUCAACAGCCACCUGUAGAUAGGAAGGACAUAAGUUGAAGGACAUGAAAUAGGAGUACAUAAAAACAAGCAAAGUGCAUUUAUAGUUCAGUAUUGUCCUGAGCUGCCAGCAAAAAUAGUAGUAUUCUAAUGUAGCAUUUGAUUAUUGGAGUACAGAGGAGGUUUGUAAUUGCAACAUGUUCGUCACGAGUUUCUGGGAACGUUGUCGCAGUUGUAAUCCUACUGUUAAUGACGCAUUGUGCUUUAGUUUUAAAUUGUGUAGCAUCUGACAUACAAAUCAAGAAAAAACAAAUAACGUUCUCGUUAGUUGUUCUUAAUGUGUUAGUCAUGAUCAUAAAUCAUCUAUGCCUUUUUUUUUUUUAAAUGCCUGCAUAGAUGAGUUGUCAUCACAUGGGCUGUGAAAGGAAUAUAUAUAUAUUUUGUUCUGUCCCUUCAUACCCCUGUACAGAGUUGACUGUGCCAAAUGAGCCUGGUUGAUUAUUGCUGACCAUAUGUCUUUUACUUACACACUAUAAACCAUCAGAGGCCAAUCAGCUGUACUUGCAAUACUUUGUUACCUAAGUAACACAAAUGUAUUGUAAAGAAUAAAUCUUAAGUCAUUUUAGGCAUACAGUGUAGCAAGACACAAUUAACUCCAGCAGUGUUUGGUUUGCUCUACUUGCCCUGGGGGUUUAUCCUGUAAAGAAAUAAAAAGAUCUUGUUAAAUUG